AUUAUGGACCAAGUUUUUGCUCAUAUUGGUCUUCUACACAGCUUGGAUAUGCCCAUUUGAAUUUGGUUUCCUUGAAAAAUCAAAGGGUCCAUUAGCUAUAACAGACAAUGUUGUAAACGGGUUUUUUGCGAUUGACAUUGUGCUCACCUUCUUCGUUGCUUACCUUGAUAAGUCUACUUAUCUAUUAGUUGAUGACCACAAGCUCAUUGCUUUGAGAUAUGCCAAAUCUUGGUUGAUUUUGGAUGUCAUUGCUACCAUUCCUUAUGAAGUUGUUCGUAGUAUGUUGCCACCUCCUCUUCAGUUAUAUAGUUACCUCAAUAUUCUCCGGCUAUGGCGCCUCCACCGAAGAGACACUGUCCAAACUGCCUCAAAUUUUGCCAAAAGGAAUCACUUGCCUGCUCGUUUGCGAGAACAAAUAUUUGCUCAUUUGCUUAUGAAGUAUAGAACAGAUUUAGAAGGACUACAACAACAAGAGAUCAUUGAUUCCCUUCCAAAAGCCAUUCAGUCUAGCAUCUCACACUUCCUAUUUUUUUCAGUUGUAGACAAAGUGUACUUGUUUCAUGGAGUGUCAAAUGACCUACUUUUUCAACUGGUCACAGAGAUGAAAGCUGAGUAUUUUCCUCCAAAGGAAGAUGUGAUUUUGCAAAAUGAAGCACCAACAGACUUUUAUAUAUUCAUUACUGGAGCUGCUCAUUUACAUGAAAUAGGGAAUCCAGAUAUGAAAGGAAUUUUGGCAGAAGUAGAAGUAAUGUUGGCUAGGGGAAAAAUGGAUUUGCCUAUCAGUUUAUUGUUUGCAGCUAGUAGAGGUGAUGAUAUUUUGUUGAAUCAAUUGCUAAAGAAGGGUUCAGAUCCAAAUGAGCGGGAUAAGAAUGGAAAGACAGCAUUGCACAUUGCAGCUUCCAAAGGCCAUGAACAUUGUGUACUUUUGCUUGUAGAAUAUGGAGCUAAUCCCAACAUCAAAGACAUAGAAGGAAACUCUCCACUAUGGGAAGCAAUUAGGAGUGAACAUGAAGCUGUGAUGAAAAUUCUACUACAAAAUGGUGCAGAAAUAUUAUCUAAUGAUGUAGUUGAAUAUGCACGCCUGGCUAUUGAGCAAAAUAAAAUAGAUAUGCUCAAGGACAUUCUUCAACGUGAAGGGGAAGCAGCAAAAAGCACGAGUCAAAUGACCACACUACUACAUGCUGCAGUGUGUGAAGGAAAUGCUGAAAUAGUGCAGUACCUUCUAGAUCAAGGAGCAGACGUUGAUAUGCAAGAUAGUAAUGGCUUGACUGCAAGGUCUUUAGCAGAACACCAAUGCCAUGAAGAAAUACUGAACAUAUUUAAGAAAAUUGGACACAACAAUACGACACAUAGUAUGCCCCCUAUUGCAUGUUAUGUUGGUAGGUGUAAAAGUGAACCCACUAUACCAGGCAUUUCCCAACCCAACAACAACAAACCACCUAAUAAAGAAAUGGCAUGGUUUGAUAGUUAUCAAAGAAGAAGGGCCAACCCUUUCCACAAUUCCAUUUUUGGAAUGAUGUCAUCAGCACAUCUUGAUAGAAAAGAUUCAAUAGCUACAUCUCAAAUCAGUUACACUAUUAAAGAAGAAGUGACAGCCAGAGUAACAGUUAGUUGUCCAGAGAAAGGUGAAAGAGCCAAGAAGCUUAUCUUUUUGCCUAGUUCUCUUCAAGAAUUGCUACGUAUUGGUGCUCGAAAGUUUGAUUUUUCUGCCUCCAAAAUAUUGACCUCAGAAGGAGCUGAAAUUGAAGACAUAGAUGUCGUAAGAGAUGGUGAUCAUCUUCUUCUCGUAUAG